AUGGCGCUCAAACCGGUUCAGGCAGAGCAGCAUCAAGCACCGUCAAUUCCACCAACAUCGCCUGCGACCUCGUGCAGUCGUCAGCAAGUCUACUCGCCUGCAGCUUAUGCUGCCUACUAUGCAUCUCAGCUAGGCCCGUCGACGUCCACAGCGACGCUAGGAAAUGCAGCUGUGACCACUGCCUCCGAGACCACCACCACAAAACGAAAAGCCCACGAACUACCAGAGGAUGAAGCAACAAGAAGGAAGCGAAUAGCACGAGAAGAAGAUGCUCUCCUGAUGCGAGAGGCGGCUCACAGGGUAGCCCAGUCCAUUCUGGCCGAUCAACUCAUAGUGACAUACCCAGACUACAAGACACCCUUUCGGGAUUCUGCUGAUGUUGUCCAACGACUGCUCCCCUACCACAUAUUUCAACAGCCAGAUGACGACCUGUUGCCAACAAGGAAACGGAACAAAAGGGGGAAAGAAAUAGAGGUUACCGCGAGAAAGUUUCCACAGCAGAAUAUCGACAAUUUCAAGACUUUGAUUGGACAGUUGAAGCGGCGAAGGUCGCUACAACAGCGAUUUCAUAGCAUGAGGACGAAAGAUGCGAAGCGUGAAUCCCACCCGGAACAACUGUAUCAGAUUCAGUAUCUUCUCGCAGAGGAUGACCGCCGAUACAAUGCUCUACUCAACGCAGAAAUCCGCAACACGCGAGAUCAACUGGCACAGAUGGAGAAAGAUGCACGAGAGAAGGAAAAGGAACAGGCAGAAACAAGGAAAGCUUACCAGGCAUAUUCGGCUCAGAUUUCGGCUCAGGUCUCCACAUCAGCACAAUUACCUGCAAGUAACCCGCCGCCGAAUCCGUAUGCGGCUUACACCGCCGCUGCUGGCACGACGGUGACGAACAGCGGGAAUACCCAACAGCUGGUUCAUUCUGCGGAUUACCGCACUGCGUACAUGCAGUAUGCUCAAGCAUGGGCAGCAUGGGCACAGGCACAAGCUGCCCAGCACCGUACUGGAACCACUUCUACACCACAUCCUGCUGCGACACCUGCCUAUCUCUACGCUGCCGCCACUCCGCCGCCUGCUUCUUCAGCCCCCUUAGCCACGGCUUCUGUAGGUUCUCAGUCACCCCCCGUUACAUCUAUGUCAGGAACACCCACUGCGGCGAAGGCCGUAUUUUCUUCUGUGGAGACAAUUCAACCAAGGCCCCUGCUUGCUGCAGCGACCACUUCUGCAGCGACACCUGCUACCUUUCCCGCGUCGGUCACUCGCUCGGUUCCAACGCACCCCAUUCCUUUGCAAAUACCUCUCUCAGUAGUUCCAGCAUUCGAAUCCCUUGGAAUACGUUUGGUUCCUAUCACAGAAACAGCGUCUAUGACGGACAGCCCACCCGCAGGCAUUCUCGUUGGCUCUCGAGAAAAUGAUCAACUGCUAGACAUCACUAUCAACCUGAGUCUUCUCGAUCCCACCCAGCUCAGUGGCUUGGCUGCAGUGCUCAACUUGCUCAAGACGAGUGGAGUCAGUCUGCAGGCAACCACCACCACCACCACCACCACCAUGAUGCCGAAUGCUGAACCUGCAACUGCCGACCCUGUGGCUGCACCUGCCAACACGACUGCCUCUCGUCUACCCAACAGUGUUUCCCAGAACCCUCUGGCUGGUUAUUACGCAUGCUAUCAAUACUAUCAACCCACAACCCCUCUGGGAACAUCUACCAUACCGCCGCCCGCAACCAUUUCACAACAACCAGCGGUAGUCAUAUCAACAAUCCCCAGUGGAAGUGAAAAUAUAUCUGCGGUCGAUCCAACGGCGAACAACAAUGCUAGGGACAAAUGA